UCAAACCAUCUCCGUCAGAAGUGUUCUUCAGUGUUGUAUGCGAUGCGAGCGAGUACUAGAAUGCUUGUCUUUCAACUUCGCUGUCUUGCCCACCACAAAUGGCUUGUAUGAAUGCGUGCUGCUGAAAAAUGAUACCAGUGAAUCAACAGGCUUUCUUGUUCCUACACAAGAAUAUCAUCACUAUACUCGUUUCGUUGAUAAAUGUGCCAUCCCGAGAUGCVAAAAUAAUGGCACGUGUGCGACGGUGGACAACGACUUCCAGUGCCACUGCCCGCAAGGAUUCACGGGUAAACUGUGCGAAGAACCAACAUGCACUGGCGGUAAUGCCCUUGGAAUGGAAAGUGGUGCCAUUCCUGAUUCAAGCAUUAAGGCUUCUAGUUACAGUCAUCCCUAUUUUCUACCACAUUAUGUUCGACUUCAUGGACCUAGACAAUGGACAUCCACAGUUAAUGAUAGCAGCCCGUGGCUUCAAGUGGAUUUGAGCACGGUUACCAUAGUUUCAAGUAUUGCAACUCAAGGAGGUAGCGGAUAUAUUUAUUGGGCGAAGAGCUACAGCUUGCAAUAUGGCUUGAACAGCUCCUACUUUGAAAAUUAUGAAGGAGGCAAGGUCUUGAUGGGAAACACUGACGGUGACACUGUUGUCAAGAAUGAUCUGCAACCUGCCAUCAUCGCAAGGUACAUCAGGAUUCUACCUAAAAAGUUUGAAAGGGUUAUARMCUUACGGAUUGAGUUGUAUGGAUGCCGACAAGGAAAUUAAGAGUAGAUUGGUCUCACUCUUCUACCAUAUCAAGUCUUGAAGAAUAUAAUUGCCUUUUUAGCAAGCAUGUUAGCUUAGAACUAAUUUAACGCUGCAAGAUUAGAAUAAGUAGAAGACCUAUUUGAGGACACCAGCUUGAG